GUGAGAGGAGUUUGUUUCAGUUUCAAGGGUUUAUGUGCAUCAUUAUUCACACCAGCAUAUAGCAGAAAGAAACAAAUAUAUAACUGCCUCAAAUCUCAGCAACAUAUAAAUAUCUAUAUCUAUAUAUAUAUAUAUAUUUAUACAUACAUAUAUCGGAUCUAGCGGUGGUGAACGUGGUGUAAUUUAGGUUUCAUCAUUAUUGUUUUUUAAAUUUUGAAAGAAAAAAAUUAAGCAAAGUAUCAUUCUAAGAGGUUACUGUUCUCUAGAAUAUCAUCUUAUAUAGUGAGAAUAAUUGAAUUAGCAUUGAGAAAAAUGUGUAGUGAAAAUAAAGAAGCGAGUUCGAGAAUCACUUGGGAAGGUUGCAGCGUUUUGCUUGACAUCAAUGACGGUGACCGUCUCGUUUUCGCUCGUCUUUCACCUGCGGCGAAAUUGAAGAUUGGAAAUAAGAAUUGCUCUUUGAAGCCAUUGAUUGGGUGUCCCUUCGGUACUGUUUUUCAACUUGAUUCUUCUUCCGACGGACCUUUUCUUUCUCCCCUUCAACCCAAAGGUAAUGUUAAUAACACUGAAGAAAUUAAAGAUGGUCAACUUAACGGUGAAGUUAGGGACAAUCGGUCGUUGAUUGACAAUAAUACGGCCCAAAGCCUCACCGGUGAAGAUAUAGAAGAUAUGCGAAGGCAGGGUGCAAAGGGUGAUGAAAUAAUUGAAGCUCUGAUUGCCAAUAGCGCAACAUUUGAAAAGAAAACAUCAUUCUCGCAGGAAAAAUAUAGACUUAAGAAGCAGAAGAAAUAUGCGCCAAAAGUACUUAUGAGGCGUCCUGUUGCUCGAAGUAUAUGUGAGGCCUAUUUUAAGAAGUAUCCAUUGAAAAUUGGAUUCUUGCGGGUGGACACACUGUCCCUUCUACUUUCAAUGGCUAAUGUUUCUUCAAAUUCUGACAUUCUCGUUGUUGAUAUGGUUGGUGGCCUUGUCACUGGUGCUGUGGCAGAGCGUUUAGGAGGCACUGGCUAUGUAUGCAACACAUAUCUUGGACAGGCACCAUAUUCCAUGGAUAUUGUGAGGAUAUUUAAUUUAAGCGAUGAAAUCUGCAAGAGAAUUCUAAGGUGUUCCAUGUCUGACUUGUUGUCACAAAAAGAAUCACAGCAACAAAAUCUGCUAAAUGAUGAAAGCCAAUCAAAUGAUCAAAUGAAUGUGUUAGGCGGCAUUGAGGAAAUCUCUCAUUCAUCAGAAAAUGCAAUUUCUGAUCUUGGUGCUGAGAAUACCACAUUGCCUGCUCUAAGAGCUUGCAAAGCAGCAAAGGCUGGAGAAAAGGCAUCUCCAGAAGUUGUUGACUCAUGGAAGGAAAAUGGUUUUUCUAGCCUUAUUAUUGCUGCACCAGACGUGGAUACUUGGACAUUGGUUAAAGACCUAUUGCCACUUUUAUCGAACUCUGCCCCAUUUGCUAUUUAUCACCAAUAUCUUCAGCCUCUAGCAACUUGCAUGCACAAUCUACAGCUUGGGAAAAUGGCCAUUGGAUUGCAAAUAUCAGAGCCUUGGCUCCGUGAAUACCAGGUACUUCCAUCAAGAACUCACCCGUGCAUGCAAAUGAGUGCAUUUGGGGGAUACAUUCUCAGUGGGACAAAGAUCUGCAGCAGCUGAUUCCAGCUCCCUUAAUUACACCUCUGUUGGUCAGCCAAAAGCGUUUUUAUAUGGCCAAUGUACACUAGUUCUCUAUUUAACUGUUUUUCUGCCCACAAGCCUUUUAAGUUUUAACUAACACAUUAUUUUUUUGCGGGCUGGAAUAUGAUUUUUGUACUAUAUAGCUUUUCUAUUUUUAUUUCAUUAAUUAAUCACCUAAAAUUUAAUAAUAGCCAAACUAUCCUUGUUAUUAAUCUAA